AUGGCUAGCCUCAAGCGCUCGCGUGAGGACGAGGAGCCCGAAGAGCCCAUCAAGAGAGCCCGCACCGUGGGAACUCCGGCCCAGAUGGCAACCACAGGUAUUGGAAGGGAAGUCGAGAACAAGACCAAGCCUGAGAGCAUGAUCAUCAAAAAGGACCACGCCAUCACCCCCAAGCCUACAGACAAACCACCCUGUUCCUUCAUGGACCUGCCUCCGGAGCUGCGUCUCGAGAUCUACGGCUACGCUUUCGAGAAGUUCCAUUUCGCCGUGGGCAAAGACGAAAGACGAAUAGUCCUCAAGACCGCAGCACCUCUCCUUCGUACGUCAGAGCUGAUCCGUAAGGAGGCUAUGCCUGUCUACUUCGACUGCUUGGACAAGAUGCACGCACGUGCCACGGUAAAGGCCAAAGCAGCGGCAGACAGAUACUGGAAGGCGUUGGGUGCCAGGUCUGGGCCUUCUGGGGCCAUCGCUACGGCCUUUCUGAGAGAGACCAGACGCUGCUGCGAUAUCAUGGUGCGUUGGGCUUCAGUGCCCCAGAUCAUCGAGAGGAACCUUGCGCGUAUGAGGGAGAAGGCAAUCUUGCAGUGA